UGCCGAAGAGCAGACCUGGCAACCCGCAGCCCGAGCCUGCAUGGCGAGCUGCUUGUGCGGAAGCAAAGCUGCCAGAGGCGCAACCCGCAAAACUAAGCUGCAUUUCCCCGAUUUUUCAAAUUUUAAUCAAAGUACGCGCUCAUUUGGAGUGUUUCUGCUUCUGCUUCUCCAUUAGUUGUUUUUUCCUUGUUUUUGGUUUUUCUCCGAACGUGAGAUGGGGAAAUAAUUGUUUGGAUGUGACACUUCCGUGCGGACUUUUUUUUUUUCUUGUUGCUUGAUUGUGGACAUUUUUCUUCUUCUUGUUGCCCGUGCACAACAAGAAUGGACGUGCUGGCUAAUUACAGUAUUUUCCAGGAACUCCAACUGGUGCACGACACUGGUUAUUUCUCCGCGAUGCCUUCCCUGGAGGAGAAUUGGCAGCAGUGGUACCUCAACAUACGAUGGCUUCGACACAUGAUCUUUUCGACAUCCGACUUAAAAUUUGACUCGCCAUUUGUUUCUACAUCCGACGACAUGCUCGAAAUACAACGACAUGACAGUGCCGCAGAGGGCUGCAAGUCGGAUUUUCUUGUGAGAGAAAUCAACAAAGGUUCCAAGAAGACCUGUUUAGAGCUGGAGAGGUACCUCCAAACGGAGCCCAGAAGACUGUCAGAACUGCUUGACGAGGACCUGGACCGCCUCCUGGCGCCAGCGCUCACGCAUGAGGGCGACAGCGAUGAGGAACUGACGGAUCCCCUCUUACCUGGUUUCCCAGUGCCACCUGUCCCGCUCCCAAAAGUCCACGCCAAACUGCUCCAGACUUUGACGGACAGCAAAGAUCAAGUCCUGGUGGCAGGCGUGAGCGCCGCCCAGCUCAGCGCUGCCGUCACAUCGCUGACGCCGCCCUCGUCCCCCGAGUUGGGGCGCCACCUAGGGAAGCAGGCGGGGGGCGCACUAACGCUCAAACUGGUGGCCAAGAAGGUGGGCCUGGGGGCGGCUAAGUUGGUGGCAGCCAGGGCGUUGACAUCACCAAUUCCACCGGGCCCUACAGGGGGGACGUUGAGUGACGGGGAGCCCGGCUUAGCGGGGGACUCGGCGGAGAACAAAAAGAGAAUACACAGGUGUCAGUUUAACGGCUGUCGCAAAGUUUACACCAAGAGCUCCCAUCUCAAAGCGCACCAGAGGACGCACACAGGUGAGAAGCCAUACAAGUGCUCGUGGGAAGGGUGCGAGUGGCGCUUCGCCCGCAGCGACGAGUUGACGCGACACUACCGCAAACACACUGGCGCAAAGCCCUUCAAGUGCAACCACUGCGACAGGUGCUUCUCCAGGUCAGACCACCUGGCGCUGCACAUGAAGCGUCACGUCUGAAUGCACCAUGCAACGAGGCACUCAAACAAGGACGAAGACGCCCGCCAACCACCAAGUGGCGCCCACACAAGAAGAGGAGGAAGAGGAGUAGUUAGAUUGUUGCUUGUCAUUCACUACCACACCCGUUUGCCGUUUUUUAUGUCUUUCAAUGCCGGUUUUAGCUUCGGGACUUUUUUUUUUAGGAAAAAGUCAUCACUUACUCGUCUUUCUACAGUCAAACUUUUUCUGGUUUUCAUGGCAUUGACUCACAAGAACGCCGCAAGUCCAACAAAACAACGCAAUCUGACAUACCACAGACUCGCCGCCAUCUCGCCGGCUCUCCUCGACGGUGGCACCCCAUGACGGUGCCGCGAGGGGGGAAAAAAUGCGCAGCGACACUUUGAUUUUUUUUCUACUGGGAGAACCACGUUUUUCUUGAUGACUUUUUGAGAAAAAUGUUUGAACUCAGCAGAAUGUGAGAAAGACCAGCCAAUAACAGACACGAAAACAGGAAGUGCUUUUUUAAAAAAAACUUCCUAUUUGUGCCGCAGGAUGUGUGUGGUCACGACGGAUGACGCUAAUUCUGUAGUUGCUAAGUUAACAGCUAAGCUAAGUGCUAACUUAGCCAGAUUUUGCCACUAAAGCUCCUUUCAGACAUACGCUGAACUCCAGUUAAAUCCCGGGAUUUAAACGGGUAGCCCUUAUGUCUGAAAGCAAUUUCCCAGGUCGACUGACACGGAGAUGACAGGAACAUUAACCGAGUCGCAUCCUAGUGUAAUGCUUGUGAUUUAAUUCCCGGGUCACAGCACGCAGGCUGAUGACGUAAAUAUCAUGGCUGAACGAUCGUCAUUUCCUCUUUCUUCGCAGUAAGACGAAAAGCGGUAAACAAACAUUGCAAUUAUCAAUAUGGCAAAAUUAAACCGGAAACAUAUCGAAAUUAGCUACUGGAUCUUAGAGCCGAGGAAUUGACAGUCCAUCGUCCAUUUUCGGAAAUGUGUGAUUUAUUUUGUUGCCGAUACCGACCAAAAUUGACGUCAUGUUGCCGAUACCGACCAAAAUUGACGUCAUGUCCGGGUUAUAAAAUCCCUGCGCCUGCCCUGCUCACACAGAGAGCAUCGAGUCGUUAAAUCUGAAAGUGUCCAACCUGGGUAAUUCCCGGAUAUAUCUCUACAUGUCUGAGAGCCAUGACAAGGGUAAAUCCUACGUCACCUUACACGGGAAUUUAGUGGGAUACAAGUCUGAAAGGGGCUUAAGUAAAAUGCUAACUUAACCACAAACUUACCCGCUAAUGCUAACUUAGCUGCUAAGCUGCUAACUUAGUCGCUACUUUCUUAGCUGAUGACUGCACAGAUUUUUUCUAACAUUAUGUGUUUUUUUCUACUGCUAAUGAAAAUGAACAAAAAAAAAAAAACACCCACACGCACGUUAUUCAUGUUCAAAUGACUCUUCACACUUUUCACUCUUUAGCAUCUUUUUUUUUUCUGGCAGUCCUAUCCUGGUUUCCAUGGCAACUUUCACUAGAGCCGCUUGACAUGCUUUUCUCUUUGGAAAUGUUCAACACAGACACGCAAACAUGGAUGCUGUAAAACCGCCCACCAUCCCUUGUGCCGCUGACGGCGUUAAAACCUUGAGUGGGGUCCACAGUGCAGCUCAACGAUCAAUACCAAAAACUUUCACCAUUCUGAGGCAGCUCCUUCACGUUUACGCAUAUUGAAAAAAUCACAAUUUAUUUUCCAACAACAGUGCAUUCCGACCGUCAAUUUAAUGCAGAUUUUUGCUAUUCAUGAUGAGAAUAGCGUGAAUCCGCUGAAGUGUGUAACUUGUUAAUUUCGUCGUAAAAAGGCUUCAACGUAAAUGUCCGUGUGAAAGGGCCUUUCCAGACUUAAGGCAGCACAAACGUACGUGAUGAGAUGUACAAUCAAAAAGGGACGCUAGUAGCACAUUGCACCUGCGUGAAACUUUUUGGAGUCAUUACAAAACCCGAUUUUUUUUCUCCACGCAUCCGCCUCUGAACCUGCAUGUUUUAUUUCAGCUUGACUCUCCUGCUGGCUGCCGAUUAGCAUUAGCACUGUUAGCUUUCUCCAGCGUGUAGUGAACAGCUAAUAAGGCUUCUUUGAACCCGCUGGGAAUGUGUAUGUGGAAACAAAAACGGACUUCGAGAUUUCCAAACCUGGUGUUCUGCCAGGCCAGCGUACUUUAUCAGAAUAGCAUACCUGUAUGCCAGUUUGACAACUACGUCUUUCGUGCGAGCUUACGUAAUCACAGUAGCAUUCUAUGUAUGCUACAAUGAAAUUCUACUAGGUGGGUCAUUUCAGAAUUUAAGGACAAUUUACGUGCUUUCCUUCACUUUUUAAAUUAUUCACACAACACAACCGUCCUUUUUUUUUAUCCUUUUGUGUUUUUAUUUUGGGCUGGUACAAGAUUUCCUACGUAUACUACGACAAUGUUCCAGUGACUACCAGAGUAGCAUUCCUCUGUAUGCUACGUCGAUGUUCUAAUAUGUGGAACAUUUCUACAUCAUGUUACAGCUAAUGUAUACCUGCUACAACAACAAUAUUCAAAUACCGUAUUGGCCCGAAUAUAAGACGGUGUUUUUUGCAUUCAAAUAAGACUCAAAAAGUGGGAGUCGUCUUAUAUUCGGGGUCUAGACAUUAUAUCCAUUCACGACGCUAGAUGGCGCCAGAUAUCAUUGAAGCGAAUGCUGAACUUGAGGAUUAAUGUUCUGUCAUGACAGAUCUCAGCUACUCUCAAGUUUAACCAGUUUGCAUUAUUUUGUUGCAAUGUUUUUCCUUAUUCAGAUUUGUUUCAAGACUACAGUUACAGUUAGACCUCACUUUGAUGGUUAAUGCUGUUAUUGCAAUUUUGUUGUUUUAUCACAAUAGAUUGGUUUAUUUACGUUUCAAAAACCAGAAGCCAUUCAUUUACGAAUGUGAUUGCACUUUAGUUUACAUAUUUAAAUGUUCAGAUAUUAAGAUUUGAAUGAGGUAAAAUAACAUGCUUUUUCUCUCAAAUAUAUUGUUAUAAUUAUUUGUUUCAGAUGUACUGUAAUUAUUUUCAGUAUAAAAAUUAAUUUGUUGUUCAAAAAGUCUUUUUUCAAACUUGAGUCUUGAAAAAGAGGGGGCCGUCUUAUAUUCCGGCCAAUAGACCCUACUCACCAACGUCACAGAAUGACGUUUCGCUGUAUCCGGCCGCCAUAUUGUCCGUCUCUGUUUAGCCCUAUUCUCAAUGGUUUCAAUUAGUCGUUCAAUUUAUAGAGCAAUUCAUGGAAGCCCCGGUGCUUUCAGACGCUGUAAACUCAUUGGAUGCGUUGCAUAAAAGGCGUUAUGUGGAAAAGCUUCAGUCUAUCCAUUCGCCAGAUCCAUAUUUGAUGCCUAAAUCGAUAUUUUUCAACCCGCUGUCUUCGCCCUCUCUGCCUGACAUCUGCUACCCUGAUAUCUACAACUACCUUGUCCACACAAAAUCAGCCUAUUCUCACGAAAGUUUGAAAAACUUCAAGAGCAGCACUCUAAGCAACAUUACCCUGUGUGAUUUCUAAAAUGGCGACAAUCAAAAAAAAAAAAAAAAGUUGACUGCGAUGGCCGACGCUUCAAGGAUAGGUGGAUAUUGAAAUAUUUCUUCAAUAAAACACGCAACAACUGUGUCUGCCUCAUUUGCAAAGAGACAGUCGCUGUUUUCAAAGAGUUCGAUGUGACGCAAUAUUACUAAACAAGACACGCUGACAUGUACGACAACAUUACAGGGAAGAUACGCAGCGAGAAAUUACAGCAACUUGAAGCUAGUUUAUUUUUUCACAGCAGCAGUAUUUCGCAAGAGUCCGAGUGUUGAAAGAGAAAGCCACAAAGACGAGACUGUUGAAAUUAUGAAUUAAAAAAUAAUAAUAAAGCAAAUGUGACACACAGAAGGGCUUGCUAAAAUUAGUUUAAAUAUAUUGUUCUAUGUAAAUCAGCCAAGGUAGCCCGCCGCAUUUUUACCACACCAAAUCUGGCCCCCUUUGCAAAAGGUUUGGACACACCUGUUUAACUGAUGAUCCGUAGACGAGGCCAGCUUUUUUCACUUGGUACCAGCUAAAUAUUAUUCAAAAUGUAAUGAUGGUGGAAAAAAUAAGCAUCUUGAAUUUGAAACUGUAUGUUGUCGGCGAUUAGGCUCGCAAUGAUAUUAAUUGUGGUUGUCAGCCCAAAACCCUCUAAAUAUAUAUUAAAUGCAUCUUACCAGAUAUAAAAUGACUACUACAUAAUCCGUGGUAAUCGUUUGGAGCCCAGUUUUUUCGUCGAAUUGCAGCAGUCCAUCUCGCUCUCCUCUCCGGGUCUCUCGGAAUACGGUAGAACUUCAAGUCUCUCAGUCUAUCUUCUCUGUUAUUGCAACCAACCGCAUCACACGCCUUCACCAUUUUGAUUAUUAAUGUUAACGAGCAGAAAAACACGCCAUAAUAGGAGGAAUUUACGUAGCGGUAUGGUGCGGAGGCGUGGUUGUGACGUCAUGUGAGCAGGGUCUAUACGGUAGUUUAAAUUUAACGAUACAGUGAAUGAUACAUAUAGGAACGCAAAACGUGACCCAUGGCGAAAGGCGAUAGCAGAAUUUACAAUCCGAAAACGGUCCAAAAAUAAAGAAAACGUUUAGCUCUUUUUGGGUAUUAUUAUAAGUAAAUCAAUAAAACAUGUAUACAAUAAAAUGUAGCAUGAAACCUUCGUUAAAAUAAUUGUUUCUGCUUCCCCAUCGUCUCCGGUAUGCCACCACGAUGAAUGGAAAGCUAGUUCAUGUACAAUAACCUACUACGCAUGCGCGCGCAUUUGCUGUAAUGAGAGGUAUCGUCAUAUGAUGGGCAUCAUAAUGUUUUAGAACACCGGCAUAUUCAUUUCAUGGAAAACUGCAAGUUAGAACAAAUGUCCACAAUGUGCUGAAGACGGCCUUUCAAUGUAAGAUAAUGUGGCUUAUUAGCCAAGUUUGCAGCUUGAGCUGUAGCUUUAGUUGAGUCAUGAUAGCACAGUGCUUGUAGCUUAGCAUUUCCGGGGGUCUUCUUGGGCUAGUUUUAGCUUAGGGUUAGCAUCUUUGACUGAAUGAUCCCAAAGAGAGACUCACCAGCUAAUCAUGAGGCGGGACCGACCGAAGGAGGCGGGGCUAUCUCAGCAGUCGUCCAUUAGCUUUUGUAAAUAUCGUGAUUUUCUUAAACCACUAUCUGCUUUGGUUCUCGCCAACGUUGCACUACGCGAGCACACUUCUUGCACUGCUGGCGUUGUCUCGUCGCACUUGUCGCACGUCCGCCAAGACAACGACGCGUCACAGAUCCAACAGCUGUCAAUCAAAUGCCUUGACACUCAGUCACGUGUCUCUCUUGGCGUCGCUGCUAUCACAUUACUUACUAGCGCCAUUAGCCUGUGUUUGUUUAGCACUUUUUACAAACCAAACGCACCACACAAAAAUUUCUUUAGCGAAAACAGUCACCAAAUAUAUUGGGAAUUCCCGAAAAAGUCGCUCCAAAUUUGAAAGGAAAAAAAAAGUCAAAAUAUUAAAUCUUGAUAUGUUUGACUAAAGAUUUUUAGUUCUGUGAUUUUAGGGAUGAAAUCCUGCAAUAAAUAAAUAAAUAAAUACAUAAACAAAUCGAAUGUACCCUGAUUGACAACAGCGAAAAAAGAAAAAAAAAUUACAUUUCAAAAUUUUUUUACACGAUUUUUUUUUUUUUUGUCUCUGUAAUUUACGGUGUGAAAUGAUGAGACAAAAAAAUGUUUUUUAAAGCGUCCGCUACCAAUGUUGUACUGCUAGUUUGAUCAAGGGAAAAAAAUGAAGGUUUUAUCAAAAUACUCAAAUUAAGAAAAUGUCAGAUUUUACUCACAAGAGUAAUUAAAUGCACCACUUUUUUGUUUGCAAACAAUUUCACAAAAGUUACUCAUAACCUCAUAAACAAAAUUGUGAAUUUUUAAAAUUUAACAUUUUAUUUUGAGCAUGACAUUCAUAUUUUUGAUCAAAAUUUGACAUCCACUGAAGUGACUAAAUGGCACUCCCGAAGAAGCCAAGCGGUACUAUGCUAGUGCGCUUGUUUGCUCAUUCAAGGCAUUCCAAGCAAUUUUUUUCAAAAGGUGAAAUUUUUCGGGGAAUAAAAUCAUCGAAUGAACUGAAUUUUCGUUGUGCUCACUGACUCCCACAGCUGCCCCCUUUUUCGCUGUACAUAGUGUUGAGACGAUCUGAUUUGUACGAUAUGACAUUGUGUUGUUUAUUGACAAGGGAGAGUUUAUUUUUGUUACUGGACGUGUUUGAUAAUUGUUUUUCUAAAUUGGUCUUGUAUUAUAUCUAUGCAACGAGUGUCCAGUGGAGCCUUUUUAUUUAAGAAUGUACAAAUACAUGUCAUAAAUGGUAGAAGCUCAACUUUUGUGGUGUGUUUGUGUGUUCAUUCAUGUUGUUCCACUGGGUUCAUCAGUGACCCUACAAAAAGUAAGUGAUAAUUUUAUUAAACCUUCUUCCCGCAAAUAUUUGCAAGGUAAGUAUCGGUGUUGCACCGAUGCCAUUUUUUGACUCCCGAUACCGAUUCCGACACCCAGCUAUGUGGUACUAGCCAAUGCCGAUACUGUACCGAUGCAAUGUUUUUUUUUUUUUUUUAAACUGUUUUUUCUUUUAAUUCUAAAUCACUGUAUACUCUCCUGAAUGUUAAGUAAUUGCUAUUGUGGCUUAGUCAUACACUGUAUAACUAAUUGUCUGCAAUUGACUUGCUUGAUGUCCAUCCAUUUGAAGUGGGAGGGUUUGGCAGCGGAUAAGUUUUGUUUUCGUCAACGAUGACAGUAACGAAAAUAUUUCGUCAACGAAUAAUUUAUUUUAUGAUGAUGACGUCACGAUGAUGCACCGAAAACAUGUCUUGGGAGACUAAAACAUAAUGAGAUGGAUGCCAGUUGUCGUCUAAAGACACGAGAACAAGAUGAAAAUUCGCCAGUUUCUGUCAUAAAUUCAGAAUGUGUAAUAUUUUCUUGUUGUAUGUGUAGUUAGCCCGCAUUUAGCAGUGUUUUGGACCCCGACCCCUGCUCUAGAGGUCUGUGCUAAGUGAUCAUCAUACACUAAACUAACUUGUAGUGUUAGCAUAGCAUUCGUAUUAGCAUUAGCAUUUAGCGAGGUGACCCGGUGUCUUCUUAAACUCUUGGAAAAUAUUUUACAUACAGUUCGUGGCAUCCAGUUGAGUUUAAAAUACUGCAAAUAAUGUGCUGUUUUCCUGCUGAGUGUAUUAUCAUCAAGAAAAUUGUGAUAUCCUUGUAGGUUUUGUGGAAACCUUUAUUUUUUUCAUGGACUAAAACUUUUGAGGUUUAUAGACGAAAACAUUUUGAGAAUUGUCGAAUAAUACUAGACGAAAUUUGUCUGAGUUUUCGUUCACUAAAACUAGACGAAGAUGAACACAUUUUGAAAUGACGAAAAUAUGACUAAGACUAAUAAGUAUUUUCGUCCAAAAGACUAAGACAAAAAUUAAAAUGGCCGCCAAAUACAACACUGCAGCAGAUGAAUGAAACUCAUUUUAAUUCACAGCAAAAGGCAAGGCAAGGCAAAUUUAUUUAUAUAGCACAAUUCAACACAAGGCAAUUCAAAGUGCUUUACAUCACAUGAAGAUCAUAAAAACCACAUUAAAUCAAUAGAACAUAAAAACAAAGACAAUCCAAACAGGAAAUAAAAUUAUACAUAAAAAUCGCAUUUAAUCACGAAGAGAAUAUAUAUAUAUAUAUAUAUUUCUUUUUUUAAAUACUACUACUAUUGAAAUCAGUAAUGGAGAUAAAGCACAGGAGGAAUAGGAAGCAAAUAGAUUGAAACAUAUAGGCAGUUAUGGAUAUGCAGUGCUAAACAAAAGCGUUUUUUGCCCUGAUUUAAAGGAGCUAACAGUUUGAGCAUACUUCAGACCUUCAGGUAACUUGUUCAAGGAGCUAACAGUUUGAGCAUACUUCAGACCUUCAUGUAACUUGUUCCAGAGGUGAAGAGCAUAAUAACUAAAUGCUGCCUCACCCUGCUUGGUUGUUGGAACAUACAGUAGAUUGGCUCCAGACGACCUUAGGGGUCUAGAUGUUUCAUAUGAAUCUAACAAAUCAAGCAUGUACAGUAUUUUGGUCCAAGACCAUUAAGUGUUUUGAAGACGAGCAGUAGUAUUUUAUAGUAUCUUAUGACUCACUGGAAGACAGUGUAACGAUUUCAAAACCGGUGUAAUGUGGUCCAGUUUCCUUGUAUUUGUGAGGACUCUGGCUGCAGCAUUCUGUAAGAGCCGCAGCUUCCUGAAUGAUUUUUUAUCCAAGACCUGCAAAUAUAACGUUGGAUGAAUAGGAACUAGAUCUCGAAAAGUACAGCAUUAACGUGUUAUUUCUUAGUGCCCCCUAAUAUUGAUUAUGUUUUUUAGUGAGCAUCAAUAUUGAUACUAGUAUCUGUAUCGGUGCAUAGUUAGUUAACAUGUCAUGUCAUCAUGUUACGCCAAUCACGUCAAUAGCAGCCUAGGGAGUUAAGGUUUCAAAGCGGAGCAUACAAUGGUUGCUGGUCAAUAAGCAAAUGAAAUGCAUGUAUGUUUUCCCAGCAUGCAUUGCAGCCAAUUAAAGCUUCUGAUCACAUUAGCAUUCUGCUGCUGGGAGUCCAGCAGGUGGCUGAUGGGAAGUCAGCCAGCAGAGGUGACCAAUUAAAAGUCAAACAUUCCCAAUGCCCUCUGGCGCGAUGGACGACGAAGCUAGCAUGUGAUUAACAAGCCACGAAUG